AUUUCAAUUGGAAUAAAUUGAAAAUCGUGUUGUGUUACAAUAUCAUCAACAUCACCAUCAUCAUCAGUGACUCAUCUCUUGAACAGUGUUCGCCGACCAUUGAAACAAAAAAAAACUCGUUUUCUUUUUUGUACACGAGCCUUUGAAAAUUGUGAUCCCAUUAAUCGUCGCGACGAUUUAAGUGCUUCCAUAAUCAGAACCAAUUGAUUUUUUGACGGUCAUUUUCACUGAUCGCCACUAAUAGAAUUACCACCGUUGCUUUUAUUAUAGAGCUUCUUCGAAUUGUGAACCCUAUUUUCUACUGAUUUUUCUUUUCGGAGCCGCCGUAACCGCAAACACUGAACGAAAAUGUCUCAUCAAACGGGAAUUAAAGCCAACGAUGAACUAUUGAAAGCAUUUAGUAAGUCGAAAGAAGGCAAUACUCGAGUUAUUAAGGCUUCUAUUGAAAAAGAGCAAUUGACUUUGGCUGCUGAGGUUGAAGUGAAUGAAGACUGGGAAAAAGAUUACAAAAACUUGGUGGAGCCGCUGAUUGAAGAGAAUACACCAUGCUACAUUUUCUUCCGUUUGGACAGCAAAUCGUCCAUCGGAUAUGAAUGGCUUUUGAUGAGCUAUACGCCAGACACGGCAACAAUUCGCCACAAAAUGUUGUACGCAUCGACCAAGGCAACGAUGAAGAAAGAAUUUGGAUCUCCGCAUAUCAAAGAGGAGUACCAUGCAACAUCACAACGUGAAACCACACUGUUCAGCUUUAAGAAACACAAAAAAGCAAUGAGCGCCCCAGCACCACUGACACAACGCGAAGAAGAAAUGCUCGAAAUACGCCGAAACGAGAUCCAAACAGAUAUUAGCACUGAAACACGCCAGAAAACGUUGGGUGGCAUUUCAUGUGCAUUGACUGAGUCGGCAAUUGUCAGCAUCAAGGACACCGUGAGCGGAACCUAUAACUAUCUACAGUUUAAAAUUGAUCUUAAAGAGGAGAAGAUCCAUCUAGUCAAAGCCAGUAAUGUGGAGAUUGAAAAGUUGCCCAAAGAGGUUCCCGAAGACGAAGCACGCUAUCACGUCUAUUUAUUCAAGCAUACUCAUGAGGGAGACUUUUUGGAAAGUUACAUUUUCAUUUACUCGAUGCCAGGCUACAAGUGUCCAAUCAAAGAGCGUAUGAUGUACUCAUCAUGUAAAGCGCUUUUCGUCGAAAAAAUUCAAGAGCUUGGCUUACACAUUGAAAAGAAGCUGGAAAUCGAUUCCGGAUCUGAGCUGACCGAAGAGUAUUUCCAAGAUGAAUUGCAUCCGAAAACGUUGUUGCAUCGACCACAAUUUGCAAAGCCACAAGGCCCGAAGAACCGUGGAGCUAAAAGACUGAUCGGUCUCCGAGCACCGUCUGAGGAAAAUAAUGAAACUGCCUAAAAACUCCCGCUUUCGAUGUGUUUUCACGAUUCAAAAACAACAGAAAAAAAAACAACAAUAAUUUCAUCGCAAGUGAUUCAACGUUAUAAAUUACACCAAAAAACCACUCAGUUUUGAUAUGCUAAAACGUGAAUAUCAAAGUUCUUUGAGUUUUACGUAUCGCAUUCAGAGCAAUUUUUCUAAUUUAAUAAUUUUUUUUUAUUUAUGCCUUGGAUUUUACUAUUAUUAUUUGUAUCAUUAGAGAUAACUUGAUAUUUUCAUUACUAUCUUCCUAUUGGGAUUGGUGGUCUCGGUGCGAAUGUGGAACAAGAUAAAGAAAAUAACAAAGCAAAAAAAUAUGAGCAAUCACAGUUCGCAAGAGAUAUCAACAUUGAUAAGAAUCAAUUGAAAUAUUUUGAACAAUUAUACAUUAAACUUUUUACACAGUAUACGUACGUCUUGGCAUACGCAAAAAAUCAAACUUGAUGAAAAUUUCUUUAUUUUGUGUAAGCACAACUAGUUCCACUUUUGCACUGAGGCUUCCAAUUGAAAAUCAUUAAAUGAAGAAACGAUGACGACGACAACAUAAACUGAUCAGUGAUUGUGAAAUAGUUAAUACGUAUUUUUAUAAAACAAAAACGAUUCAAUUGCUCAAAAUGUGACCAAAUUCGGAGAUCUUUUUACAAGUUCAACAUAGAAAUGCAGGAAAAAUAAUGAUGACAAACAAAUUAUUUUUCUACGGAAAUCUUUCAAUAGCGACAUAAAUGUCGUUAUUGCGAUUUUGAAAUUUGUUAACAAACUCUGCAAUAAGGUCCAACAUAGAAUAGAAACACAACGAAAGUCGCUCAUGCAAGCGAAUUGCAUUUAUCAUUUUCUUCAAAUGUUCCGAGAAAAAAAAAACAAACAAACAAACAAAUUAGUUUAGAUGUGAAAUGUCAAAUAUGAUUUGCAAUUGGUUUUCCCUCCUCCCGAACCCAAAUUGAGGUUAAAUUUUUUUUUUUCUGUAUUAAAUUAUAUUUUUCCCCUUCGAAGCAAAUAUUUAUAUAUUUUAUUAGAAAAAAGAGACAAAUCAAAAGAAUAGUAUCCCAUCUUGCCAGAGAAUCGAAAUUGUGCAAUUAAGAUUUAAGAAAACCCUGAACGACGACACCGAUCGCUAUGUGACCAAACACAGCACAAAUAAUCUAAAAAUGUGAUGACAGAAACCGGAACCGCUGAAACAAAAAAAACGGUUUCAACAAUAGUAAUGCAUUUAUCCAGUAGUUGGAUUAAGCGCUUUUCUUCAAAUUCGAUUGAAAUCAAAUCAUUCAUGAUUCGUGUAAAACAAAAUGAAAUAAAGAUUAUUGAGUGAA